AUGUCCAUGAUCACAGCAACGACGUGGGUGCCGCGAGGCUUCGCAGCACCCUUCCCGACGAAAUACCAGUUCGACGAGGAGGAAUUCGAACGCAUUUCCAAGCUGGCCAAGCUGGAACUCGACGACGCAAAGGAUGAUCUCGCCGAUGCGCAAGCCGAGCUGGCUGGCGAGAAGGUGGCCAAGAAGGACGACAGCGACGACGAGGACGACGACGAAGUAUCCGCAACCGCCGCCGCGACACAAGACAUCGAUCUCCAGGACGACGACCUGAAAGAGUACGACCUUGAGAACUACGACAACGACGAGGCUCCCGAGGGUGAAGAGGGACAAGGCGACUCGACCUUGAGCAUGUUCGGAAAUGUACGCAACCUGGCAUACCACGGCUCCAACGCCGAGGACCCUUACAUCACACUCAAGGAGGGCGAAGAGUCAGACGACGAGGAGCGCGAGGAGAUGCAGAUCUUGCCCACCGACAACAUGCUGCUGGCCGCACGUAUCGAGGAUGAGGUCGCCCAUCUGGAGUGCUACGUCUAUGAGGAUGACGCCGACAACUUGUACGUCCACCACGACAUUAUGCUGCCCGCCAUUCCGCUGGCAGUCGAGUGGGUCAACAUGCCCAUUUCCAAGCCUGGCGAGCCCGUACCCGAGGGUCAGAAGGCCAACUUCGUCGCCGUCGGCACCAUGGACCCGGACAUUGAGAUUUGGGAUCUGGACACCGUCGAUUGCAUGUACCCCAACGCCGUCCUUGGUCAGGGAACCGCAGAAGCUUCCGCAGCACCGCCCAUGCCCGGCCAGAAGAAAAAGAAGAAGAAGAAGAGCAAGCAAAUCAACAACGCCUACCACGUCGACUCGGUCCUCGCCCUGUCAGCCAACCGCUUCCAUCGCAACCUGCUGGCCUCCGCCUCGGCCGAUACCACCGUCAAGCUCUGGGAUCUGAGCACCCAACAGUGCGCAAAAUCAUACAACGACUUCCACACCGACAAAGUCUGCGCCCUGCACUUCAACCCCCACGAAGCCCACUCGACCAUCCUGCUGACCGGUUCCUACGACCGCACCGUCUGCGUCGCCGACCUGCGCGCCGCCGAGGGCACCAAGCCCAAGCGCUGGGGUGUCGACUCGGACGUCGAGCAAGUCCGCUGGGACCCCCACAACGAGCACGUCUUCUACGUCUCUACAGAAAGCGGUAUCCUGUACGCCUUUGACGCACGCAACGCACCUUCCACCCUCGAAAAGACACAAGCCAUCUGGCGCCUCCAAGCACACGAGUCAUCACUCUCCUCAUUCGCACUCAACCCCACCGUCCCUGGUUUCAUCGCCACCGCCUCGACAGACCGCACAGUCAAGCUGUGGAACGUGGAUCAAGCUACCAAUCAACCUUCCAUGGUCGUCUCGCGUGACAUUGGCGUCGGCCGCGUCUUCUCUACAAACUUCGCUCCCGACGAGGCAGUCGCCUUCCGUCUUGCCGUCGCUGGAUCAAAGGGUGCUGUUCAGGUCUGGGACACCAGUACCAACAGAGCCGUCCGUGAGGCUUUCGCUGGCCGUGUCAAGGGCAUUGACGCAACCGAAGUCAAGGAGAGACUGGUCGCUGUUGCCAAUGACGAGGAGGAUGACAGCGAGAGUGGUGAGGACGAAGAGGAGAACGAGGACGACGCUGGUGCUGACGAGCGUGGUUGGGAGAGCAUGUCUGAGUAAUGUGUUUCUUAGCGUAUCUAUAAAAUGUCAUGAACGAUUCUUUCUACUCUUAACACAACUUGUCAAUUCAGAUCAGCUGCCACUAAAUGUCCCUGACCGGCGACACAGUACUCAUUCUGUAAGGAAGACAGGCUAGCA